ACACAAGUUUCUUCUUGCUUUCAUAAAGGGAAUGACAAACAUCGACAUGCAGGCUGAUGAACAGACAGUUGUAAGGAAUCACAGAAGAUGAUGGACUGAAGACUGAAGAACAAAUAUCAACAUGUCCAGCAGAGAAAGCAGAGUUUCUGAGGGUGUGAAGCUGAAUCUGGUUGUGUGUGGGAGUGAUGGGGCAUUAAAAUCCUCCAUAUCAGAGCAGAUCUUGAGAGAUGUGGAUCUUCAUGGACGUCAGAUCAGUCUGGUGGAUCUUCCAGCUCUGUUCAACACUCGUCUCUCAGAGGAGGAAGUGAUGCGUCAGACUCUCCACUGUGUGUCUCUCUGUGAUCCUGGAGUUCAUGUUUUCCUCCACAUUAUUCCUGAUGCUCCUCUCAAUAAUGAAGAUAAAGCAGAAAUGGAGGAAAUCCAGAGGAUCUUCAGCUCCAGAAUCAACAAACACAUGAUGAUCCUCAUAAUGCACAGUUCAGAGCAUCAGACAGCAGAACUCGAUGAAGAAACACAGUCUGUCAUUGAGAGUUUUGGAGGUCGACAUCAUUUCUUUGGUCCCAACACACAAGUGUCCACAUUGAUGGAGAACAUUGAGAAGAUGCUGGAAGAAAACAGAGGAGAGUUUUUCUCCAAAGAGACAUUUCUGGAGGCGCAGAUGAAAAAACUGAUGAGAUAUGAAGAGAUGAAGAAGAAAAUGUAUUCACUAGAGGCAAAUUUACUGCCACAAGGAUCAAACGAGAGUAAAGAUAAACUGAGGAUUGUGCUGCUGGGAAAAACUGGAGUUGGAAAAAGUGCAACUGGAAACACAAUCUCAGGAAGAAACACUUUUAAAGCACAAGCAUCUUUUGAGUCAGUGACUAAAGAGAGUCAGAGAGAAACAUCUGAAAUCAACGGCCGACACGGUUACUGUGAUCGACACUCCAGGACUUGUUUGAUACUGAACUGA